AUGUACAAUAGAUCCCAUGGCAGCACCCUAAGCAAUCAGAGUCAAUCAUCGCUAUCACCAUCAUCGCAGCAGCCUCCACAAAGACAACAGAGACAGGCUGUCUUUUCGUUUGAAGUUGAAUUUGAGAAGCACAAACGAGCCAUACGCAUUAAUGAUAUGGAAGAGGCUUUACACACAUUUAUUUUACUCCAAGCCAAUGCUGCUGAAAACAAAAUAUUCAAAGCUUAUAUAAUUAAAUUCUCGGAUCACAUUGAUCCUGCAAGGAACACAGAUAUUAGUUUGUUUUUUGCUUCCUUACCAGCCUUGAUCCAAUCUACUAUCAUUGAGGCAAUCGCAGCCUCGCUCGAAAAGAAGGAUGCCAUUCGAGCCUAUCAGGCACUGUUUGAUUACAUACAUAAUUACUCGAGACAUGCGUACAAAUAUUUGAUCAGAGCCAUCAAGCUGCUCGUUUUAGGGGCGCAAGCAUUGAGCCAGACAGAAAGCAAAAAGUAUAUCCGAACACUAGUGACAGAACUGUUUCCCAGGCUAUGCAAACAACGUAUUGUGUUGACAGAUUCAGACAUACAUCCCGCAGUGAAGUCAACAGAUGGAAAGCAGUACAUAUCUAUACCCUAUAAUCUAUUUGAACAAUAUCUGUUGCUGGGUCAACAGUAUUACAUUGAGCUCAGAGAAUGGCAUCAUCUAUCCAUAUUUACCCACAUGAUGCUGGAUUGUUGUGGAUACAGCAAAUCAUCACUAGCACCUAUAGACAACGCCAACAGUAGCAGAUUUCAGCAUCUACACCAAAAGCGGCACUAUCUGCAUAUAGAUACGCACCACCAGAUGCCUCAGCUAUUGCACAUCUCUAUUGUAUUCAUGCUUGAAUUCAAAGCUGUUACUGCUGAUUUCAUUCGCUUGUCAAACGAGUAUUAUCGUGCUGUCUGCAUGUUGGAUGAUAGUAGUUCUCAUGAAAAGUCUUGCUUGAUCCCUAUUUGCUCCAUGAAAUCAAUAACAGAUCGUGGUCAUCAAGAUGUCAACACAGCAAUACAGCCUGAAUAUUAUCAGGCUCCAUCUCGUGCGACUGCCGAUAGCAAUGAGCAAGAUGAGCGCGUCAAUAGUGAUACCAUCAAUGAGAACAACAAACGCUCUCGAUCUCCCUCGUCAUCCUCUACGGAAAAGCGCAGAAAAUUGAUGGCAUACCCAUAUCGUGGCGGCGAAGGUCUCGAUUCUUAUUGUAUGGGUGGUGUUGAUAACGCAUUGCAGAUACUUAGUCAAGCAGCAGAUUGUAUGAGACACGCUGUAGGGUUAUGGGAUUGGGCUUUGAAAGUAGCAUUACCAGAGAAUAAGAGUCUGGAUCAGCUGUACGGUAGUUGGGAGAAAGAGUUUCUUCGUGUGAUUGAGUUAUAUCAAUUGCCGUUUGAUCUGACCAAUGCUGUGCUGCUUGUUCGAAGUGAUCUGGCCUUGUCAUCGCCUUCAACAUCAGGAAACAUGGCCAAAGCCUUAAAGCUGUCUCAAUCCAUCUGUGAUAGAAUAGAAGCACAACGCCAAAGAUACAAGAAUGAGAGCGAGACACCACCAGAGCUUGAGGUUCCAUUCAUGUUUGCCUUUCGAGUCUUGUACAAUAUCAGCGUUAUCUACUUGCUAGUCGGCAGUAUACCGCAAUCGACACUUGAAAUAGCCAUCAUACUCUCCGUAUUCCCUGUACCCAGUAAUUUAGACGACAGCGAUUUUCUGGCAGAUGAAGCUGAUUGUAGAACAAUCACAGCUAUUUUUCAAGAGCAUGAAUUCGGAUUGAUGCGGGUCACUCAACAAGGCCUUGUGGUUCGAUGCAUCAAACAUUUGAAUGUAAGCUUGAACAACAGCAACAACAGAUCAUCACAAACAGACAAUAGCAUGGCUUCUAUUGAUUCUGCUUUACGCUGGGACGAAAAAGCAGGCCAAAUUAUUGUCUUGAUGCAAUUUGGCUGGAAUUACUGGAGCACGAGGACCAAUUUCUGGCACAAGAUUGUCAGUCGUAUGCGAGAAAAGAAGAUGUUUAGAAACAGGGUCUUUCUGGAAUAUGUCUACGACACAGAGAUAUUGGAAACCUUUCAGUAUUUACACAGCUCCAAACAUGUAACACUGGAUAUCAUACCACCUGAAUUUGCCAUGCGUAGUGGCUAUCGCUCUUUUGGACAACAACCUACACAACAGCAGAGCAGCCCACACUUGAAUCUCGUUUCCCAUAUCCAAUUUGAAGAGCAAAAUCCUCGUUUGAUCAAGCUGCCGUCGCUAAGCUCUAUCACUGCUGCCGCUGCUGUUCCAUUGCCGCCACCUUCCCUCUACCAACCAAGCUAUUCCAACACAAUUCUACCAAGUAUGACCAUGUCACCCACAUGGUACUCUGCCUCAACACAGAAGAAUUCGCAUGUCAAUUGGAUGUCGCCUUCUUUUUACUACAGUCGACCUGCCACAUCUGUCAUGCUACCAAAGAAGAGCUCAAAGGAGGAUCAUCAAGUUGAAGAAAGGCUGCCGGCUCCCUUCAUUACCACGGCCACGUCCACUGUAUCUUCACCAACAAGCGACGUUGUUGCAAGGUGUUUAGAUUAUCGUAUUCGCAAAUACGCGCCCAAAAUGACACCUCCUCGCAUGAAGCAAGUACUACAAAGGUUCUUGAAGAAUACUUUAGCAAAGGCAAAUGACGUUUGA